UGAUACCAGGAAGUCAAAUUGUUUUGCUUAAUGCGCUAAUGAGUAACUUUCUUCUGUAUCAAUGGGGCAGCUUCUCGGACACUGUGUCCACUUCUCUUCUUACAUCCGUCACCUGGUCCUGACCGAGGCGUCUCUCCGCUGCGGACGGGCUGCCAGGCCGCUCUUCUCCGCAGCUUUGAGCUGUCCGGUCCCGGUCCUGUCGCCGCUGUGGUGUUGACUCUCCCGCCCCUCACUUAACCACACAGCUGUCAUGGCGGCCUCCACUAGGCUCAUGUCAAGGUUGGCCCUGGUCACUGGAGGAGGCAGUGGGAUUGGACGGGCGGUGUGUCAGCGCCUGGCCUCAGAAGGCGCCUCCGUGGUGGUCGCCGACAUCAGCCACGAGUCGGCCAUGGAGACCGUCGGGAGGCUGCCCGGGGACCUCAGAGGACAGGGUCACAUGGCGGCGGCGGUGGACGUGUCGUCAAAGGAGAGCGUGAAGAAGCUGCUCACGAGCGUGCAGACGCGGUUCUUUCAGCCUCCCUCGGUGUGCGUGAACGCGGCGGGCAUCACCCAGGACGACUUCCUGCUCAACAUGGAGGAGGAGCACUUCGACAAAGUGCUCCUGGUCAACCUGAAGGGUUCGUUCCUGGUCCUUCAGGCUGUGGCUCAGGCUCUGGUGGCCUGUGGAGCACCCAAAGGAUCCAUCGUCACCGUGGGCAGCAUCGUGGGAAAGGUGGGGAACAUCGGACAGGCUAAUUACUCGGCCUCUAAAGCCGGCGUGGAGGGAUUGACCAGGACGGCUGCCAAAGAGCUCAGCAGGUUCGGGAUUCGGUGCAAUUGUGUGCUGCCAGGUUUCAUAUCGACUCCGAUGACGGAUAAAGUUCCAGAGAGGGUUAUUAGCAAGAUGGAGCUCUUGGUGCCUCUGGGGAGAAUGGGGGAGCCUGCAGAGGUGGCAGAUGUUUGUGCCUUUCUGGCCUCGGAUGACUCUGGAUACAUCACAGGAGCCAGCGUGGAAGUGACUGGAGGACUUUUUAUGGGAUGAGUGGUCGAUCCGUCACGCUGAUGAAGACCUUUUGAGGUCCACUGCUGAAAUGAUUGUGCUUCUUUGGCUCUUUGUGAUCACAGUUGAUUGAAAUGUGGUUCGCCAAUAAGAACUAGUCUCCAGCCACCUUUGUGCCAAUAAACACCUGUUCAUAUA